AUGUCCCAUUAUCCACAUCUUAUCAUCCACAUCUCAUCCUGCCUACUCACUACAUUUUAUAACCGAACCUUUGCCUCCACGUUAACAAAAUGUUACACAGGAUCAGGCACGGGAGGUCACAUUGAAAACGAUAUUCUUCCAGCAAAUGCAGCGUUGCACUGUCAUGAACCGAUUUUCUUGUUCACAAAAUUGAACAUGUUUACGUUUAUGAUUGCGUGUAAAAAUCUGCCAUGUUCACAAAGCAAAUCAUUUUAUCGCGCCGUAAAUAAAAUGCUCCACUGCAUUCAGCAGCCAGUCACAGGACAACACGUCAACUCGCAUGAGAAAAGCAUUCUUGUUGAAAAUUUUGUCGUCUUUGAUGGACAAAAAAGUGCCAUCCAUUUUCUAAGCGUAAGUUUGCUAGCCAACAUUAUUAAACAAAACCCGGCAGUGUCUCACGCCGGCUAA